AUGGCAGUGGAAGAGGAAGGACUCCGGGUAUUUCAGAGCGUUAAAAUAAAGAUAGGUGAGGCAAAAAACAUCCCUCCAUACCCUGGGCCCAACAAGAUGAGGGACUGUUACUGCACCGUCAACCUGGACCAAGAAGAGGUCUUCAGGACCAAGAUUGUCGAGAAGUCACUUUGUCCGUUUUAUGGAGAGGACUUUUAUUGUGAGAUCCCACGCAGCUUUAGACAUCUCUCCUUCUACAUAUUUGACAGGGAUGUCUUCAGGAGGGACUCCAGCAUUGGUAAAGUUGCAGUGAAGAAAGAGGAUCUGCAGAAGUACCAUGGGAAAGACACCUGGUUCCCGCUUCAGCCUGUCAGCGCCGACUCCGAAGUUCAGGGUAAAGUGCACCUGGAGCUGCGUCUGAGUGAGGUCAUCACAGACAGUGGAGUCAUCAACCACAAACUGGCCACACGAGUCCUGGAGUGCCAAGGGCUUCCCAUCGUCAACGGCCAGUGUGACCCCUACGCUGCGGUGUCACUGCUAGGACCCUCCAGGUCAGAGGCCAAAAAGACCAAAGUGAAAAGAAAAAACAACAACCCACAAUUUGAUGAGGUUUUUUACUUUGAGGUUACGCGGCCGUUAAGCCACACUAAGCGGCAUUUUGAUGUAGAAGAAGAGGAUGUAGAUAAAUUAGCAAUAAGGGUGGAUCUGUGGAACGCCAGUAACCUGAAGUUUGGAGAUGAGUUUUUGGGAGGUGUUCGUGUUCCCCUCAGGGUCUUGGGACAAGCAGGAGUCCAUGAUGCAUGGUACUUCCUGCUGCCUCGAGAAAACGGGGGGAAGACGGUGAAAGUGGAGGAGCUGGGAUCUCUGCGUUUGAACAUUGUUUACACUGAAGACCACGUAUUUCCCUCAGAGCACUACACUCCGCUCAGAGACCUGCUGCUGCACUCGGCCAAUGUGGAGCCUGUGUCUUCGUCCACUGCUCAUACCUUGGGGGAGGUUUGUCGAGAGAAGCAGGAAGCUGCGAUUCCUUUAGUGCGACUUUUUCUUCACUACGGAAAGAUCGUGCCUUUCAUCAGCGCCAUCGCCCACGCUGAAGUCAACAGAACACAGGAUCCUAACACAAUUUUCCGAGGAAAUUCUCUGACAUCGAAGUGCAUUGAUGAAACCAUGAAGCUUGCAGGAAUGCACUAUCUCCAGGUUACGCUUAAACCGAUCAUAGAUGAGAUCUGUUCAGAACAUAAACCUUGUGAAAUCGACCCGGUCAAGCUGAAGGAGUCUGAGAAUCUGGACACAAACAGGGAAAACCUUCGCCAGUACGUGGACAGAAUCUUCAAUGUGAUCACCACUUCAGGCGUGCGCUGCCCCACAGUCAUGUGCGACAUCUUCUUUUCUCUGAGGGAGUCAGCUGCCACGCGUUUUCAAGUGGAUCAAGAUGUGCGAUACACAGCAGUUAGCAGUUUCAUCUUCCUCCGUUUCUUUGCACCAGCCAUUCUCUCCCCAAAUCUGUUCCAGCUACGACCACACCAUCCAGACCCGGCCACAUCCCGAACACUCACUCUGAUCUCCAAAACCAUCCAAACUCUUGGAAGUCUCGCCAAAUCCAAAUCAGCCAAUUUCAAAGAGUCCUACAUGGCAGCGUUUUACGACUACUUUAAUGAGCAGAAAUAUGCAGACGCUGUGAAAAAUUUUUUAGAUCUGAUCUCGACAUCAGGAAAAUGGGACCAGAAAAGUAUUGAAACACCCAUCAUGCUAAAAGAGGGGAGUGUAAAACUCACAAUAAAGAGGGUUGAUGGGAAAGGGUCAAAACACAGCAGUAAGGGCAGAUUUAUGAUAAAGCGAGCCCAGGGUAGAAAUCGUUUUGGAAUGAAGAACUUCAAGAAGAGAUGGUUUCGCCUCACUAACCACGAGUUCACCUACCACAAAACCAAAGGAGAGGGCGCUCUUUGCAGCAUUCCCAUAGAGAACAUCCUGGCAGUGGAGCGCCUGGAGGAGGAGUCUUUCAAAAUGAAAAAUAUGUUCCAGGUCAUUCAGCCAGAGAGGGCGCUGUACAUUCAAGCCAAUAACUGCGUGGAGGCCCGAGACUGGAUAGAUAUUCUGACCAAAGUGAGCCAGUGUAACCGCAAACGCCUCAGCACGUACCACCCCUCAGCUUACCUCAACGGACACUGGCUUUGCUGCAAGCUGUCUGCAGACACUGCUCCCGGCUGCACGCCCUGCACCGGGGGUCUUCCAGCAAAUAUACAACUAGAUGUUGAUGGAGAUCGAGAAACGGAGAGGAUUUACUCCCUGUUCAGUACAUACAUGACCAAACUUAUCAAGAUGCAAGAGGCGUGUGGCAGUAAGUCAGUGUACGACGGCCCGGAGCAGGAGGAAUACUCAAGUUUUGUGAUUGACGAUCCACAGGAAACGUACAAAACCCUGAAGCUCAUAGUGUCUGCAGUGCAGACACUGGAGCAGCAGCACACCAAGUACAAACGGGACAAGUUCAAGAAGACCAAGAUCGGCAGUCAGGAGCAUCCUAUCGGAGACAAGAGCUUCCAGUGCUACAUCCGGCAGCAGUCCGAGAGCUCCACAUACUCCAUUUAA